GAUGAGGAAGGGGUAGCAUGGUCCAUUCGGGUUGGAUGUACCAAAAUAAGUGACCACAAAGGGCGAUGUGGCUCUAGGGAACCGGGCAGGGAUUUCACACAAGACCGCUGUUGUAUUGGGAGAGAGCGGUGGACAUCUAGGUGAUGCAUGCGGGGUCAGUGAUGCACCAAGACGAGUGUGGUGGAUUCCAGCAACCCGCCGCUGCAGAGAGCGAAGCCCGCUAGRUUACCGCCGGCCGAGAUGGCGCAUGGAUAGCGGAUCCCUUCAUGCUGCAAAACAUCACCAAGCAUUUAUAACAAAACCGGCAGUUUGGGAGCUAAACUAAGGAAUUCGAUGCUUGCACUAGCAGGAAGAAUAGCAACGCGCAUUUCCAUUGAGACUCCGAGCCUUCUGGAUGAGAAAGGAUGCCAUCUCCAUAAAACCUAUCAUACAUAGCUAACGGGGAGGGCCAGCUUGCCUUUUUCUCACCAUACUAGAUUUGUUUUAGUAGGCCGGUUGUGAUUCGUGAACCACAAGCUGUAACGAUGUUGGUGAGAUGCCACCGGAGCAAGCUGUCGGUGUGGGCCGUUCUGUGUGUGCUCGUGUUAUGCUGGCUCUACAUUUUCCCAGUGUACAGACUCCGGAGCGACAAAGAGAUAGUUGAUGAAGUGCUGCGGCAGGGACAAGUAUGGCAGAGGAACCAGACGGAUAUCGAUCUGUUCAGGAAGCUGCUUUCAGAGUGCUGUGACCCAAGGAGAAUGUUUGCGGUGACCAAGCAGAAUUCACCUAUGGGGAAGGUCCUGUGGUACGACGGAGAGUUUUACCACUCACACACAGUCAACAAUGAGACCUACUCUCUCUUUGUGCAGGUAGGCCUCUACUCUGGUCCUGGAGGCCAGCAGUGAGCAGGCUUUUGUUCCAGCCCAACUCUAACACACCUAA